AUGAAGACUCGCCGAAAUGGCGGGAGCAAGCUCUCUCAGUCCUCCAAGCCUGUCAUGCCUGCUAUCCCUCUGCCUUAUGUGAAGCGUCAGGCCGCUUCUGCUGCUGCUCGUGCCAAUGCUGUCCCCGUUUCUUCGACUGCUGCCUCCACCACGAUCCAGGAACCGGAUGUGCGCUCCCCCAUUGAGGUGAAGCAUGUAAAUGGUAACGUGCCUGCUGAGGCUAAGAAGGAUGAUUCUGUGGCCACGGCUCCAAGCACAAUUGCUAGUCGAACUUCGACUUCGACGUCGACCCCCAAAGCCGAGGAGGUGGCCGAAACAAAGGCAGACGUUCACAAAGAAACAAAGAACGGCGCUUCUGACCCGACCAACACCCAGGCUUCUUCCUCCGCAUCUGGUCCUGAACAUCCUACCAUUAACGAAAGCGAAAACAUCCACAAAAACCCCGUGGUCUCAGGCCAUUCUGAUCAGCCCACCCCCAAGAACCAGGUCGAUGUUGAGACUCGAUCAGUCGACAAGGUCUCAGCCGGAGUGAACGAGAAGCCCAAUGGUGUUUCAAGCAAGAGCGACAUCAAAACUCUGUCUGACAACCACCCACCUUCAAAGCUCAACAAAGGCCGACCUCCUUCUGCUGUCCCACCGGGCCGAUACCAGAUGCCCCCUUCCUUUCAACCUGCUGUUCGACCUAUGGGACCAAACGUGAACGGCGAUAUGCGUGGCCAUCGCGCUCCUCUGCCUAACGGUCCGCCUAUGCACCAGCCUCAUCAUAGCAAUGGCAGCAUUCAUUUUGGCGGUUUCCACGGUUCGACGAGCUCCUCUCCUGCUCCUCCAUCCGGUGGUAUUGCCCCUCCUCCCGGUAUGACAGGUCCUGAUGGCCGGCCCUACAUGACCCCUGCUGCCAACGGGUUCCCCCCUAUGAUGCCGUAUGGCGCAGAACAGGUUCCGGUCACCACUUUCGAUAACUACGGAAGACCUACUAUGGCUUAUGGACCGAUGGACUCUUUCCCUCCCUUCCCUAACAAUUUUGGUCCGCCAACCCCUCACAGCUAUCAUGAUUCACAGGCAUCAGGCCCUCCCGAUGAUGGUAGUGUCUACAACCAGUUUUCUUCAGCUCCAGCGCGAAAUGGCGUACCAGCUCCCGAGGAAAACCAGUCUCCCAACCAGCCCGGCAGAAUGUUUGGUGGUCCCGAGUAUCCGCGAAUGAUGCCGAAUGCCGGACCUCCCCCGCACAUGAUGUCUACAAUGGAUGGUGCUGAAGGCCUGAUUGGUCAUUUGGUGCAACAGUUUGCAUCUCCGGAAUUUGCUGAUUGCGUUUUGGAACUUCGAUACGCGGAUGAAAGAGCUCCUCCAGUUCGCAUUCCGGGUCACCGAGUCAUCCUUUCUCGCAGCACUGAGCUCGCAAACGCCAUCGCUAAGCAGCCACGAUCCAACCCCAAUGUUUCAUCUCUUCCCACCAUCCUUCUCGAGACCAAGAGCAAGUGGAUUCGCUCCGACUCGUUCUAUAUGGCCGUUCACUGUCUUUACGGGUGGCCACUGUUGGAUCCUGCUGCCGAGGGCAUGAAGCAGGCUGCAGCUGAUUACAACCAGUUGAUUGACCGCUUCGAAUUUGCUCUGUCGUAUGCUGCAGCCGGCCAUCUCCUCCGCUGGGAUCCGGUCACGCGACGCGGUUGCGAUGUUGCUGUGCAACUUCUGAACUGGGAGACAGUCGAGAAGGCUUUGGAGUUUGCCUUGGAGGAUUACCGAGACGAGGGGUCUUAUGAUGUGUUGAAGUACGGCGAUGGAUCUCGAGCUAUUCUCAACGAGAUCGUCUCUUUUAUUGCAAGCAACACCAGCCCUACUUUCAAGAUUGACACUUCAGUGACCGACACUUCGAGCUAUGCUCGUCUUCCACAAACUGCUCUGACUAGCAAUGCCAGUACCCGCAAGCUCUCACCCCCACCCAUUGCUCGAGGUACAUCCGUGCAUCUUGGCAAGGGCAAGGGCAAGGGACGUCUCUCUCAGCAGAUUUCUGGUAUACAGUUCGGCGACCUUUCUUUGACUGACGGCAAGGUGUCGCCAGCUUCGGAUGCUUCAGGCGGCUCACAGCAACGAACUCCUUUCAACGCAGUCCUCUCUCGAAUUCUCCUCAAUCUUCCAUUCGAAUAUCUCAAAGCAUUGCUCGAAGCUGCGACUAACAAGGCCAACGGAUGGCCAAAUGCAGAGGCGAUCUACCGCGUGGUCAAAGACACAGUAGCUGAGAGAGAGCGACGUCGGCUUCAGAUCGUUGAACUGGUCAAGACUCACCAGGUCACAGCCUGGGCCGUCAUCACCCAGCAGCUUUCCAGUCCUGAGCCGAGAUACGUCGGUCUCUGGAGUGCGCUGGGCUGGCGCGAGGAGAUUCUACCUUUCGGACCUUCAGAGAGUCCGGCCCUUGGUCGCACUUGGGUUCCCUUCGUGGGCCCUCAAGCAAGCACUCAAGCAGCUUACCCCUAA